GUCAUGUCUAAGUCAGAGUCACCCAAAGAGCCCGAACAGCUGCGGAAGCUCUUCAUCGGAGGUUUGAGCUUUGAAACAGCCGAUGAAAGUCUGAGGAGCCAUUUUGAGCAGUGGGGAACGCUCACAGAUUGUGUGGUAAUGAGGGAUCCAAACACCAAACGCUCCAGAGGCUUCGGGUUGGUCACAUAUGCCACUGUGGAGGAGGUGGAUGCGGCCAUGAAUGCAAGGCCACAUAAGGUGGAUGGAAGAGUUGUGGAACCAAAGAGGGCUGUCUCAAGAGAAGAUCCUCAAAGACCUGGUGCCCACUUAACUGUGAAAAAGAUUUUUGUUGGUGGCAUUAAAGAAGACACUGAAGAACAUCAUCUAAGAGAUUAUUUUGAACAGUAUGGGAAAAUUGAAGUGAUUGAAAUCAUGACUGAUCGAGGCAGUGGCAAAAAGAACUGUGAAGUAAGGAAAGCCCUAUCUCAGCAAGAGAUGGCUAGUGCCUCAUCCAGCCAAAGAGGUCGAAGUGGUUCUGGAAACUUUGGUGGUGGUCGCGGAGGUGGUUUUGGUGGGAAUGACAACUCUGGUCGUGGAGGAAACUUCAGUGGUCGAGGUGGCUUUGGUGGCAGCCACGGUGGUGGUGGAUAUGGUGGCAGUGGGGAUGGCUAUAAUGGAUUCGGUAAUGAUGGAAGCAAUUUUGGAGGUGGUGGAAGCUACAAUGAUUUUGGCAGUUACAAAAAUCAAUCUUCAAAUUUUGGACCCAUGAAAGGAGGAAACUUUGGAGGCAGAAGUGCUGGCCCUUAUGGUGGUGGAGGUCAGUACUUUGUCAGACCACAAAACCAAGGUGGCUAUGGCUGUUCCAGCAGCAGCAGGAGCUCUGGCAGUGGCAGGAGGUUGUAA